GGUUACUCUCGAACGAUACAUCGAUUCGUGUACGCAAUAUAUCGCGAGCCAGCAAAGUUUCUUUCCGAUAGAAGGCUCACGCUGAAACAUCAAGAUGUUGAUGCCAAAAAAGAAUCGUGUAGCAAUUUAUGAACAUCUUUUCAAGGAGGGUGUUAUGGUAGCAAAGAAAGACUACCAUGCACCAAAACACCCAGAAUUAGAAUCUAUUCCAAAUCUUCAAGUUAUUAAAGCCAUGCAGUCUUUGAAAUCCAGGGGACAUGUCAAAGAACAGUUUGCUUGGAGACAUUUUUAUUGGUAUCUGACAAAUGAAGGCAUUGAAUAUUUACGUGGAUACUUGCACCUACCUCCUGAAAUUGUACCUUCCACUCUGAAGAGGCAGACAAGGUCAGAAACAACAAGGCCACGACCUGCAGCAGCUACUAGAAGCGAAGCAUCCAGACCAACAGAAGACCGUGCAGGGUAUAGAAGAGGACCUGGAGGGCCAGCAGGUCCUGGUGACAAAAAGGCUGAUGUUGGUGCAGGAACUGGUGAUGUUGAAUUCCGUGGAGGUUUCGGUCGUGGCAAACCUCAAUAAUAUUUUAAUGUAAAAUAAAUAAAUUUUUUCUGAUCUAACA